AUGCCAAUCAACGAACCACAACUGCUCCUGAACUGCUUUGCCAUGCCCCAGUCCAACUCAUCAGUAGACAGCCCAAAAAAGACAAAGCAGAAGAAAUUGACCGAGGAAGAGGUGCUGGUCUUAAAAUCUCACCUAGAAGAAUGGAAGGAAGCCGCUGCCAAGGAUAGAAAAAAGAUCUUGAAGGCGGUCAUAAAAGAGGCCAAGGUGCAUGCCCCUGCUAUGGAUGACCGGUUACUGAAGAAAAGGAAACUUGUGUACCGGGACUGGUUAUAUAACCGAAGACCUGAAAAGACUCGCAAAAAAAAAGACAGCAAGUUCGGUCAGAAAUGGACUUCCCGGUCGGUGAUAGAACAACAGCGCAAGGAGGAGAUCAUUGAAAAGACCGGAGCAAUGCCAGGAUCAAAGAAAUUUAUUGAAAGAUACCAGACAACCCUCACUGCAGUCAUGGCCAGUCUAUCUAAAGAGCAGCUGGAGGAAGCUCAGAAGACUGCGAUCAAGUGGUCUGACAAGGCUCCUCCAGCAGGUGUCCAGGCCGACUUUGCAAAGAAGAAAGCACCCGGUAUGAUGAAGGAUUUGGCGACCAAGUUAUGGAAGCAGGCCGGUAUGAGAAUAUUCAUAUUAUCAGCAUGGAAAGCAGAGGAAGGUGAGGUGAGGAUCAAUGGAAUUGACUUCAAUAAAAAGUUAGAAGGCAAUAGUUUUACAGAUACAAAGGACUGGAAGCCCAUGUUAUCAGAGUGGAAUGCCUAUGCCAGAGAAGAGUUCGAAGUUGACCUGAAUGAUGAUGACGACAACGAUGAUGAGGGGGAGGUAAAGAAGAGCAGAAAAAAAGGGCGAAAGAAGGAAGAUUAUCCGUUGGAGGUGGAUACCUAUGGACUUCCGGUCAUACUGGACGCUGAAGAUCUUAACCUAGAGGGUAAAAAGCAUCUUAUCCGGACAUUCCUCACAAGACACUACAGGUUGUGCAGCCAACAAACAAAGGCAUCUGUACCAUGGUCCUCAGUGAGGAUGGCACAGGGUGAUUUUAUUGAGGCCAAGUUUUUACCUACCGGCUGCCAGCUGGACGAUCCGUCAAAGAUUCGGUUGGUGGAUGCCGACCGGCUGUUAGAGUUGUGGCGUCAAAGACAGAAGGACCAGGUUCGCCCAACCUUUGAAUUCAAAGCCUGGGAGGGCGAUGAUAAGAUGAUGAGAGAACCAGUGGAGAUGAUCUCAGGCAACGAUUCUGACAUCAGACCCAGGGUUCCGGUGAAAAAGUCAACUGGAAAGCGCAGCAGGAGGAUGGAACAGGAGUUGAGUAGUGAGGAUGAUGACAACGAUGAUGAUAAUGAUAAGGAGGAUAGAGAGGAAGACAAGGAAGAAGGCGGAGGCAAGCACCGCCGGGCCCAUACAGUUCCAUCCGACUCAGAGCAAGAAGAUCCUCCUCCACCAGUCAAGAAACCCAUGCCAGUCCCAAAACCCAAACCAACCAAAAUGCACCACCAUGCCAGUCCGGUUCCAUCUGAUUCAGAUAACGAAGAUCCUCCCCCACCGGUCAAGAAACCCGUGCCGGUCCCAAAACCCACAAAAAAGCGGGGUAGGGUUGAUCCUAUUCAAACGGAUUCAGAGUCAGAUCGUCAGCCACUGGUCAAGAAAUCCAAGCUCGCUGCAAGUAGAAGGGGACCGUCAGAAGACAACACCGGUACCGGUGCUGUGCAAUCAACUGGUAAUCAUAUUAAUGACCCUCUGCCUGCAUCUAAAAGUCAUGAAUUUGGGCCUAUAUCAGGUAUGCAGACCAGGAAGAAUAAGAACAAACCACUGGCGCCCAAACCAACACCUCCUUCCCCAAGAAAGUCCACCAGAAGGAAAACCAAAGGACCCGAACCCAAGAUUACCAAUCCAGAGCCAAAGCGCUCUCUUAGAAGUAAAAAGGCAUCUUAUAAAGCUAACUAUAUGCACAAGUAG